AUGGGGUCAACCCUGGGCAAGAGCUCUGCCAGCCUGGACAUCCGGAGCCCAGGGAAGCAGCAGCAGCAUCGCUCCUACCACAAGCUGACGGGACUCCGGCGCACCGGUCCCGGGGACCCGAGACUGGCGGCAAGUGCCCAGUGGGAAGCUGGGGGAGACGUGGUGGACCUGGCCGCCGCGGGGCUAAUCGAGAGCUGGGAACCGCCAAGGCCGGUCCUAACUUGUGCCUGUUGUCCCGGAGGUUUUCUCCAUGAGGGCGGAGAGACGAGGCCGGGCCUGCGGCCAAGAGAGGGCCCAGCGCGGUGGGGCUGCCGCUGGAAUCGCUGGGGCGGGCGCCGAUGUGAGCCGGUGCCCCCGUGGUCGCCGCAGACACCGACGGAGUCGCCGAUCGCCCUCCCCCGCUGGCCACACCACACUCGCACUUCCUGCGUGGGAGGUCUCGGUGCACACCGGCGGACUUCACUGAAAAUUUCCUACACUGGCCAUGUGACCCAGAGCUCUUUGGAGACGCACCACUGUGUGACCGUGGGGCUGAUUCCACAGCCGUGCAGCCUGCCGCUCUCGGGGCCCACGUGCCGUCCCCGCCCUGUGGAGCAGGGAGCACGCAGCUCUCUCCCCCUGCUGUCUGCACGGUGCGUGCAGCAGAGACUGGACACCUGGGAAAGCUGGCAGCGCCUCAUUCUGAUCUUUUCAGCUGUGCUGGGGGCCCCGGCGGUGGUGGGAGGCCAGCAGCAGCUGCAGUGACCAGAGCCUUGGCCACCCACAAGAAGCACCAGCACCCAGGAUGUGACUUUCCUUUCCGCUUCCCAAAUGCCUAGCAGCUUUUUUUCCAGUAGCGGUCUCGUUGCUUUUCCCCUGCACUCACUGGCUGGAACAUGGGUUGGGGAUUUGAUAGAAAAAUAAACCAUGGU